UUUACAUUUUUGAUCCCGAAUUACAUUUCCGACUGUGAAUUUCAUUCAAGAUCGUUUUUAUUUUUAAUUACUAUUUAAACAGAUACUGAAAACUUACUAGUUACUACUUACUGAAUAGUCUUAUAAGUACUUAAUUUGUUGUAUAGAACACUGAAACACAAAUAAUGCUAUUUGAAGAUAUAGUAUCCUUUAUGGAUGUAUUGGACUUUGAUGAAGAACUUGUGGAUUCAAGAUUGGAGUCUCUCAUGAAGAGAAGCACUUUCACAAAUCAACAUCUGUUUAACAUACUUCAUUUACUGAAGUAUAAAUAUCUGAUUAAUUUAAAGGAAUCUGACGAAUGUCAAAAUGAUGCAGAGUUUGAAUUUAUUUGCAAAUUAAUUUGUAAAGCAGGUGAAGGCAAUAUUGAUGUGAUUUGCAAAAUAUUAAAUGUCAUUCUGUUGCUUAACCCUAGUACACUAGUCGUGAACUCGCAACAUUUGUUACAGCAAAUCCUCUGUUUUGACAUCUUAACUUUAGAAACUAAUGACUAUUAUAGUAGAAAUAACUUACUUUUCCAUCUCAAGUUGUGUAAUAGUGUUCUUGAUGCAAUAUUAAGUAUGAAAGAAAAGCUGAAUUUGCCAUACCUGGAAGUACCUAUUCAAAAUAUUUUAUUUUGUGAAAAAGAGGAUAUUAAGAAGAUUUUUCUUACUAUGACAGUAAAAAAGUUUUUUAAGUCUGUCACAGGAUAUAAUAUAUUGGAUAAAAUUUGGGAAUGCAUAAAAAAAUUUGAAUCAGAUCCGUUUACAUCACUUAAUGUGCUGUGUGCACUAUCAAAUUACUUCUUACCUCUUCCUGAUAGUAACAGUCUUGGUGCGUAUGAAUCCACAUUGAUAAAUCAUACAGAAUUUUGGGAAUUAGUGGUAUCUGGAUUAAGUUCAAAUGACACUGCUUUACGAAAACUAGCAACAUACUCGAUAAAAAGGGCUCUUGAUUGUCUAGCAUUUCUCAAAAAUAAUGUUGAAAUAUCAUCAACCCUGGUUACUUUUCAAUGGGAUAAGGCAAAAGAGAAGGAAUUACGUAAAACAUGGGAUAAUUUUUUUAUUUUAAUGGACAGUUUAGAAGAAAAGCAGAGUAAUAUUGUGCUGCCAUCUUUAAAACUUUUUGAAUGCUUGAGAUUACAAGCACUGUCCUACUGUUGGGUUAACUGUGCAUUUAGUAUUGGACUCCGACAUGAUAAUUUACAAGUAAAGAUGGGCUGUAUAAAACAUAAGCUGGAAACUGAUGUAAUAAAUGACAAUGACACUGUAAUUUUACUGGAAUCCUUGAAUGAUAUAAAUUUGUAUCAUAAAACACAUUACUGUAAAGAUUUGAAGCAAAAAUUACAAAAACUCAUUAGAACCUCAGAAAUAUAUGCUAUGAUAAUUAAAAACGUACCUCAUGUAAACUGGUCACCUGUACCAUUUUACCACUUGUGUACAGUGUUAGCUGAAAUAAAGAUAACAAAUCUUGUACAAAAUAUUGGAAAUGAUCAGUUAUCAAAGAUAUUAAUUGAUGUAUUAAGCAUUCCAUGUAAUAAUAUUGCAAUAAGAAAGGCAGUCCAUAUAAAAAUUGCCAAUAUUAUUACUGAGAAUUGUAAAGAAUUGCACUGGAGGUCACAUGUGUUAUUAUUUUCACAUCUAAAUAUAGAUAUUAAAGUAAAUUGGAUUUCUCAUGAAAGGUACAAUUCGGAUCAACUUAGUAAGUAUACAAAGUUUAUAAGGGAGGAGUUAGUAAUAGACACUUUUGCAUUUUGUUUAUUUGUUGAAGGCACAAAGUGGUCACUAUCCAACAUUGAUUUUUUAAUACUUUACUUAUCAGGACAUAAUGAUCAUCAUCAAAUUUUUAUGCAGUUGUUAAUUGGAAAAGUUGUUGAAAUUGCAUUUUUUACUAAUGAAAAGAAUACAGUUGAUAUUGAUAAAUUUAAAUAUAUUUCUGACAUAUAUUUUAUACUAACAUUUUUAAAGUGUGUGAAUGACACAUCUAAGUAUAAGAUUAUAACUGAUAAUAUAAUUAAAGAUAGUCUAAAUAUAAUAGAAUAUGUGUUAAAUGCACUGUCUGACACAAACAUAAGGAACAAUGAAGAAAUGGCUCUUAUUAUACAAAAUAUGGAUGUUAUUUUCAAAUAUAUGAAUGACAGUGAUGCUUAUGAAAACAUAUACAGUUACAUAGUACAAAUACUACUAAUAAGCAGUGAUAUUACAAUGAAGAAAUUUUUUGGUGUUUCUCUGUUAAAUACUUUAUUGAACUCAACAAGAGAAAGUACCACAAAAAACAUAAAAAUAGAUGUUUGCGGAUUUAUUGAUAUUUUGCAAAAGGUAGACAAAUUUCACACUGAAAAUGAGGAAUGUUGUGGGCGAUCAGUGAAUGAUUUUACAAGUAAAGCCUGUGAGCUAGUACAUACUCUGCUAGAAAAUAAAAACAGCUAUCAAAUAAAUUCAGUAGUAUGUUUCAUUAGAUAUAUGUUAGAGAGUGGAGGCUAUGGGUGUCUGAAGUGGAUUUUAAAAAUUGUAAAAAUAAUAUUGCCAAAAGCCCUCAGUGAUACGAAAACUUUUAAUGUAGAACAUUUUCUUAAUGCUGCAUGGAAUGAACUAGAAACAAUCAAGUCCCAUAAAGAAUAUGUUGAAUCUAUGCAAUGUUUCAUUAAUAUAAUUACUAAUGAAGAAAUAAUGAAACAUCCGAUGUUCAAUAAUUUGGUAGUUUUGUACUGUAGCAGAAUUAUUGGACAUUCAUCUGCUAAAUGUCUGCCCUUGUACUAUUUGGUGAGAGAAAUGGAUAGGAGUACAUUCAAAUAUAGUCAUAUGGUGUACAUUUUUUGUGACAUACUACUAACAGUUCCAUCAUUAAGAAAAGACCAAAGAAUUAUCCAAGAUGUGGAGGUUGAGAUAUUAAAUUCUGAAAAUACACGCUUUCGUUAUGAACAAAUUGGCGUACUGACUCAUUUCCACAUACAAUGCGAAUCUGCAUUGAUUCUAUGCCAGUUAGACUGCGAGAUAUUAGAUGCAAUCGUAUCAAUAAUUAUGAAGAAAAUUGAUAAUAUAUUGAAAAAUAAACAGCGGUACCAUGAUAAUUCUUCUUUACACCGAGUGACAGAAGUUGGAAUGCAGCAUUUAUUGUUUAUAUUGUUGAGGCACAGAUCAACGAACAUAAAAAAUAUAACGACAUGGUGUAUUGAGCUUUUAGGAAAACUUCCACAUCAACCAUCUGUUCGUCUGUACCUGGAAAUGUACAUAGCGCUCUAUUUAUAUAUUAAGGAUGAUGCCAUCAAUGAAAAUGAUAUAAAAUCACUGACUAAUGUGCCAAUCGUGUCACAGUUCAGAAUAUUGUAUUGGGUAAUCACGCGAAAAAUAAAAACAAAAUCCUGUAAAAAGCGAGAGUACGAAUUAGUUAUGGAUUAUCUGUUAGAAAACACCAUGGGACCCACAUAUAGUGUAAGAUUACAUGCGCAGUAUUUGGCAUAUCAAUUAAACAAAUGUAAUGAAGUCUAUGGCCAUUUGGAAUGUAAUGCCUACUCCAAAACUAUAUCUAUAGUAGAAAAGACAAUUAAUGAAGCGACUAGGGUUAUGGAUAAAAGUUUACAAAAAAUAUUAGAUGAUCCAUUUUUGGAUAAAUUUGAUAUAAUCGAUAUAACACCUUGCUUAAUAUAUACCUAUCCUAUUUAUAAGAAUGGUAUUACCAUAGAUAAACUUCAUGCUGUAAAUAGUUUUCAAAGUAUGAAUAAAUGUUUGCAAGAGUCGGCGCCAGAUAAGUUUUUGACGGAAUGGUUGCAAUCAGGAAAUAUCAAUCAGAUUGAGAUAAAGUACAAUGUUUCGGAGAAGAAUGAAAUGAAUUUUGAAGAAGAAAGUGAAUUUGGAACGAUCCAGAAGAAAUAUAUUCCUUGGAAGAGCAUGACUGACAUUGAUGUUGUUGAAGCUGAGAGAAAGGCGAGCCAAAGUGAACUUAUCGUAGUCGCAUCGCUGAUAGACAAGUUGCCGAACCUGGGCGGGAUGGCGCGGACUGGGGAGGUGUUCGGCGUGCAUACCUACGUGGUCGACAGCCUGAGACAUUUGCAGGACAAACAGUUUCAAGGGCUGAGUAUGUCCGCCGAAAAGUGGGUUAACAUUAUAGAAGUGAGACCUGGCGCGCCUUUGUUGGAUUAUUUGACGUCGAAAAGGGACGAAGGGUUUUGUCUCGUAGCAGCGGAGCAAACAUCCACAAGUGUGAGCCUCCAAACAUUCAAGUUUCCAAAGAAAACCGUGCUGUUGCUUGGAAAUGAAAAAGAUGGUGUGCCAUGCAACCUCCUUCCAGUAAUGGAUCACUGCAUAGAGAUUCCACAACAGGGUGUGGUGCGAUCGUUAAAUGUUCACGUCACAGCUGCUAUUUUUAUAUGGCAGUAUUCAAGUCAAAAUGUUCUUUAGAACUGCUGAGUAAUUAAAUAAAUGUUUUUGAUUGUU